AUGGAUAAACGCGAAGAGGAUGAACGCAAAAGGAAGACUAUGCUCCUACGAGCGCUUAACGAUCCCCGGCCAGCAGUCUUUUAUGCCGCGUUCAAAUAUGAGAGUAAAACUGUCGCUCAUCAAGAUUAUUCCUUCCGACUGGAGGACGCGUUGAGAGAAGAGCCUCAGUCUAAGAGGUUAUUAAAUGCUAAAAGAAGGUGGGAUGCUGGCGAAUAUAAGGAUGAUUGGAAAAAGAAUGCGAAUCGCAAAGCUGAUCGUGAAGAGAAGAAAAGAGGAAAAAGAAGAAAAAUUGAGGGGAUUAGUGGAGAAACGGAUUCUUUGACGGGUAAUAGAGGAGAGUCACAAGUUGAUGACGAGGCGUUUGAGAUUGAUUUUGAUAGUAUUACCCGAGAACUACAAAAAGAACCAUCAAAUGAGUGGAUUGUUGGAACUAUAAAUAUCACGAAAAAAUUUCGUCAAUACCAAGAAGAGGUUCUCCAAAAAGCAAAAACUGAUGGAUUGACAUGGCACAACACGUAUGAAAUUCUGGCGCUAUCUUCAAUUAUGGUUCUUUGCUGGCCAUGCCCUUACCAGAAUUUCAGUAACGAAGAAUGGCGGGAAAUAACUCGGACCAACCCAUCUGCAGCCGAUUCGGUAUUACCAUCUUCGGUAUCUGAGCCCUUGCAAAAAACUAUUAGAAAGCAUAUGACUGGUCAAGGUAGUUAUAUGCAUCCUGAUGAUUCAGCUUUAAGUGAAGCAGUGGCUAAAUCAUUCAAUGCAUUACGAGACACUGUUCCUCCGCUUGCCCCCUCAAAAACAUCAGAAGAAGAGCAUUGCUAUAAAUUUUUAAUCCAUUCACACAUUCUUUGUUUCUUGGUCUUUUCAAGAACUAUGAAAAUACCACUUCUGAAUACUGAACAUAAACCACGGGGAUGUACAUUGCUUUUAAGAAAGAAAGAUGUAGCAAAGGUUCAUUUGAGAGGGAGGAAGUCGAUAAAUGAACAGUUAUCUACAAAGGGUGGUCCUGGAGAAGCAUACCUCCUUACAAAUUUCGGUGAGGUUGUAGAAUCAUUUUACAUGGACCUUAAAUUCGAUGGUCUAUACCGCUCAUGGCCAUUCCUCACCUCAAAACUCGUGAUCGAUCAGCCCACGAUCCCGUUAUUUGAAUAUACAUUUGCUCAUUUUUGGCAGCUAGAGGACCGUGUUAAUAAACUUGCCGGAAAUUACAAAAGUCGAAGCAAUAAAUUUACGCCGCCCACUCAAAUGAAGUUUGUACGGGAGCUGCCCAAUUCACCACAAAUCAAACAGUUACUUAAUUGA